CAAAUCUAGUUCAUUCAAUUCAACAAACAAAAAUUGCUAAAUCGCUAAGUGAAAUGAAAUAGUAAAUAUACAAUUUCUUGUAUUGUGUUGUGUAGAAUAUUAUUACACGUAUCAAGUUAUAUUGAAAAUCAUACGUUGUGUUAUUCAAAAAUGUUUUGUUGUUUCAAAAACUGUAUGAACGGUUUCACAUUAACGCCUACUGUACCGAUACGUAUAAAGACUAAUCCUGUACAGUUAGACACUUUACAUAUGGGACAUGAAGUAGUCAUUGUGAAAGGAGGCCAGCGUGUCUGUGGCUCUGGUUGUGCCCUCGGCAAUGCUCCACUGGUACAAAACAAGGCAUACUUUGAAGUGAAACUUCAACAGGGCGGCGUUUGGGCAGUUGGUUUGGCUACUAGAGAAGCUGACCUAAAUAGAGUGCAUGGUGGUGUAGAUAAAGAAUCCUGGUGUCUAAACAGUGACAGUACUGUGAGACAUGAUAAUGUAGAAUUAUAUCACCUAAAACCUGCACCGCAGGAUUCUCCAACCACAGAGAUUCUCGUCACUACAGCGUCUCCCAACCAUGACAAUCAAAUUGAGAAUGAGAAAAUAGAGAGUGAGAAGGGGAGUGAUAAGGCAGCAGUGAUGCCAGGAGAGGGGGAUGUGAUUGGAGUGGCAUAUGAUCAUGUUGAGCUUAACUUCUUCCUAAAUGGAAAGAAUAUGGAGAUACCUGUUCGGAAUAUAAGAGGCACAGUCUAUCCUGCACUCUAUGUUGACGACGGAGCCAUUUUGGACAUCAUAUUAGACAACUUUAGGUAUCCACCACCAUCAGGGUAUGAGAAGAUAAUGGUGGAACAGUCUCUACUUUAACUGACAAAUACUUAAGGAAGAUGGUUGCUUGCAGUGUGUGUGAACUUUAAAGUUUGAAAUCUACAUAAAAUACAAUGUUCAUAUAAAAACUAGAAUUUAUAUGUUAUGCUUUCAGUGAAGAAUUGCUGUAAUGGCUUAUGUGGAGCAUCAUUAACUAAAACAAAGUGAUUUAACAUAGACAUAAAUUACAUAAACCUAGAUAUUCUUACGUUAAAUUAAACUAAACCUGUUAAUUAUUUAAAAGAAUAAUUAGGGUUGUAGCUCAUUAGAGCCACCCAGCAGCGUUUCGCCGGUCGGCGUCCAGACAUUGUUGAUAGGUGGUUUGUAGUGCUCACAUUAAUCAACCAUUAAAGUUGAGUAGUACUCACGUUAAUCAACCAGUGAACUUUGCGCGGUUAAUGAAUGGAUAUCGUGUUGAUCUAUAAGUUCAGUGCAAUGCAAUUGAGUUGAUAUUGUAAGCAUAUUACAGUGGAAGUUUAUACGUACUAUAUUAAGAACACUAAUGAUAUGAGGCAAGGUACAGAUUGAGUGCCGGGUGGCCCUAAUCUUUAACAGUUAGUAACAACCUUUUCACACGGGUAUUUUUCAAAUUAUUGUAACUCGAAAAUUACAUUAACACAACGCUAUCAGUGGUGAGUUUUGGGACUAGUGCGAAGGGACUGUUUUAAAAAUGUAAUAAAUCGAAUUAGUUCUUGUUUUUUAAAUUAGUUGUUUGCAGAACAUUGGCAUAAAAUUCAUACUUAAUACUAUAUGUACAUUGUAUUAUAUGCUGGUAUUGUGACAACUUAUCCUUGUAGCUGUCAUAUAACUCUAAGGACAAUAUGAUAUUCUUUUUAUGUGUGUGUCUGGGAAUGAAUACUUAAAUUUAAGACUGUUUAAAUGUAUAUUACUCUUCUCCUGGUCCAGUAUGUCUCCUGUAUUCACAAACAGUAUUCAUCAUGUAUUUCACUAUCAUUAUGUAAAACGUGAUGUGCACUUCAUAGCAGAAAUGCACCCUGAAGAUUCAUUACAAACCUAUAUCAGAGAAGGAACUUUGAGUAGUGCCUACUGUGGUGCCUACCCUAGUUAAAAAGCUUGUGACUUCACAGUAUUGUUUGUAAAUAUAGGAGUAAUAAUAUUAGUAUUAUACCUGUAUCUGUAUUGUAAACUUUGUAAAUAUAAUUUUGUGGUACAUAUUCAUAUUUAUUUAUUCAUACUCAAAUUAUUUUUCAGUAAUUAUUUCAAUUUGAAAUGUUUGGACUACUCUGUUAAGUAGAAUUUCUGAAUGCACAUCAAGUUAUUGCCCACAGUACUCCAUACAAAACAUAGUAACCGCUUGAGGUGCUGAUCAGGUGCACGUUGGAUUGAAUGAGCUAUGCCUUAAUUGUUUACAUUUUACAAUUCGAAAAAAUUGAAAUCGAAUACAAAGUAUGUAACAUGGUAUAAUUAUCGGCUUCUUUAUAUACACUCAGAGGCACAAUUAUCUGCCCACUUCAAUAUAUUUGUGUCAUAAUAAAGUGGGCGGAUAAUUGUGCCUCUGAGAAUAUUUGGUGUUAAAACCCACCAUGCUUCUCCAAUGAAAGUCACAGAUACAUGCAUACGUUUAUUUACACAAUUCUCAUCACAUAAUUAGGAAAUACGUUUUUAAUUAAUUAAUAUUGCUUUUGCAUUGACAAUGUAGUUAUAUUGAAUUAAAUUAAAUGAAAUUAUUAUAUUAUACCUAUUAAAUAUGUUACUAAGUCAUUCCAAUAAUAAAUGUGUACUAUAAUAACUUAUAACAAUAUUAUAUUUUUUUAAUUAGAUUUUUCUAUACUUCUAAAACUUUUAGGUGCUAAUUUUGGCAUUAUAGUGUUUUAUUGAGCAAUAAUGUUGUUUCAGUUUUUGUUGCGUUUCACUCACUUUACAUUAAAUACUUGUUUUCAAAUUAAAUUUUGAUUUUGAUUAUAACCAAGGUCAACGCUCCUGGCGCGCAAAUUUAUACAAUCUGAGAAUAGUAUGACGUAAAAAGUACACCAGCUUUCUUUUUUGAAGUCAGUCAAAAAGAGGCGUUUGGUACGUAUUAUGUAGAUAUAUAAGUUAUAAAAAAAUAUAGUUUAACAUGGGAGUUUUAAAGAAAGAAAGAAAAACAUUUAAGACGUCUAUGUAAAGUUAUGAUGUCUAUUCUAGCAACAUUGUCUAUGUCUCUUUUGCUUGCUGAAAAAAAACGCAAGUAAUAAAACAUACGGAGCGCUAUACCGAUUUAAGAAGAAGAAGAAUUGUUUAUUUGAAAAAACUCAGUACAUAAAUUGCACAAGUAGGUACAAUUACAAUAAUGGUGUAGUUAACAUAAAAUAUCCAAAAGAAUUUUUACAAGAAUCUUAAAAUUAUCCUUCACACGCCAGGAGAGUUUACCCGUGUUUUGUGUAUAGAAUAGCAUGGUAAAGUCGUAUCAGCUUCAUUCUAUUAUCCAUUGUUUAGGGAGCUAUCUACAUCUUUUUAGCUUGAAAAUUUUGGCUUAAUGUAAACAAAUUUGAAACAUAUCAGGGUGAAUGUUAUAAAAAACGGACAGUUAAAUCCCAAUUCGGAUGUAUACCAAUCUUUUUCUACGUUUACCUGAAAACACACUUAAUUGUCUCUUAAUCUAUCUACAACAUAUUUUACAAGAAAGUGACGAAAGUAUUGUUAUCCAUUUCACGUAUUUCAUAACAUUUCUAAGUAAUUUCUGUAUAUCAAGAUAUGUUUUGAACGCUUUGUGAACUUUGUAAACGUAUAAUUAUGCCGAUAUGUUUACGUAUAAUUAUGUCUCGAUUGAGCGAGCGCACAAGUUAGACGUGUUAUAAAAUAUUUUUAAAAUUCUAUUAGUGCUGACAAUCUAAUUUCAACGUAAUUACCAUUUGUUAAAACUUUUAACCAAAUACACAGUGCUGUGUCAAUUACGUCGAUCUUAAUCUACGUGUCGUCAAUCCGCACACUGGCCGGUCAACCUCACCCCCUCGGGGAAAAGAGACGGGCUCUGAUUUUUCGACUCGCAUUGACGCGCGGUAAGAAGUGAAGCGCACAGAAAAACUCGGCGCAAAAAAAAAUGGAUACAGAGCAAUCAACUACUAGAAGCGGCAAAAAUAUCGAGCGUAGUGGAUCUCAGCCGAAUUUAUCCACUAAUAAAACUCAAGGUAUGCCCGUUUCAGAUUUAUCUACUAUUACCUUUCGCAAUAAACGUAAAUAUGGCCUAGAAAAUGAUGUAGAUGAUCAACUAACAUCCAUACAAAAACAAAUUACUGAGAUGAUGGCAUUAUUAGCGUCAUCUACUAACACUCAACAGGAAAAUUCCGUUAAAAUGGCCAACGACAUUGCAGCUAUAAAAGAACAAAUGACAGAAAUUCAAUCUGGUAUUGCAAAAACGGAACAAAAACUAAUAGCUAUAACUACGGAACACGAAAAAAUUAAAACUGAUAUACAAAACAUCACUAGUGUAACACACACAAUGGAGACAAAAAUAGCUACUUUAGAAUGUGACAUACAGAAAUUAAAGUCAUUACCAAAUGAAAAGUCUAUGACGGCUGAAACAUCCGAUAUACUUGCAGAAAUUACAGAUCAGACUAUGAGAAAGAAAAAUAUUAUCAUUACCGGUAUUCCAGAACCGCAAUCAGCUGACUUUAAAGACCGACAGAAUAAAGACAAAAUUGAAGUUACGAAUAUUAUAAAAGAUAUCUCAAAAGACAGUUCUGAACCCAUCAAAGUCAUAAGAAUCGGAAAAUAUAGAUCUGGUGAAAAUCGUCCUAUUAAAGUUUGCUUUGAAUCUGAAUACGCAACAAAGAGAAUACUUCAAAAUAGAAAUAAAUUAAAGAAUAAAUCAUUAGCAAUAUUUUCGGACCAGACGCCUUUUCAACAAGCACAAUUUAAAACUCUCAAAGGCGAAUUGAAGCACCGGACUGCAAAUGGAGAAGACAACCUACGAAUCAAAUAUAUUAAAGGUGUACCCAAAAUUGUUAAGUCUAUUCCAAAAAACGCCAUGCUUUAAACAGUCGCAAUAAAAUAGAUACGAGGACUACUUAUCAGGUUUUGAACAAUUACAAUGACUUAAUAAUUAGCAAAAAAUCAUUGAAAUGUCUGUAUGCUAACGCACGGAGCAUAGUUAAACCUGGAAAACUAGACGAGCUGCGAUGUGUAGUAGCUUCCUUUAAAUCUACCCUACAUCUCAUAAUUCUAUCAGAAACAUGGAUCAAAAGCGAUGACGAGGCCAAAAAACAUAAUAUACCGGGUUUCACGCAUUACUAUCAUUAUAGAAAAAGUACUACUGGCGGAGGAGUAUCAAUUUUUGCUAAUAAUAUACUCAAACACAACUUCAUUGAAGAUCUUUCGCAAGAGGAUAAUCACUACCUAUGGAUACAUGUGGAAAAGUUAUCGUUGAACAUUGGAGCUAUAUAUAAGCCUGGUCGGACUAACGCCAAAAACUUCCUAGAUACGUUUUCAAAACAACUAAAUGAAAAGAAAAGAGCAAUCAUAUUCGGAGACUUUAACUUUGACUUAUUAGACCCAGACAAUUCAGUAGAAGAAUAUAAGGACACACUCAAAGAAAAUGAUUAUAAAAUUAUUAACAAGAUAAGCAUUAAACACUGUACUCGUGAAUCGCAACACAAGAAAACUCUACUCGACCAUGUAUCCACAAAUCUCAAGGGCCACAAGUUUCACAUGGCUAUCAUCGAAUCUUCAAUGUCGGAUCAUAAGCAGAUCUAUGUAGAAAUAGAUCAAUAUCAACCAGAACCGACACGAAAAAUUGAAUGUGAAACUAUUAAUUACACUAAACUUAAUGAAAACCUAGGAAAUAAUGUCGCCGGGAAAAGUAACUUUAGCUACGUAGUUUUUGAAAACAAAUUACUAGAAAAUAUACAACAAUGUAAGUCCAAAAAAAAUAUUAUUGUAAACCCACCGAGAGAUGGCUGGGUGAAUAAAACUAUAAUACAUAAAAUUAACCAUAAAAAUAUACUUUGGAGUCAAUAUAAAAAAAAUCCGAAAGACGAAGAUACUCAGAAAAAAUUCAUGAUUGAAAAAAGAAUAGUCUCCGAAGAAAUACAAACUAUGAAGAGUGGCUACUAUCACAAAAAAUUCUUUGAAUGUAAUAAAAAACCAAAAAAAAUGUGGGAUCUAAUAAACAGCUUAACGAGCAAUAAUAUUAGAGAAGUUUCGAUACCAGCUAAACUAAAAAAAGGUGACAAGGAAUUAAAAGAUGGAAAGGAAAUUUGCGAAUAUUUCAACGAAUUCUUCUCAACUGUUGGCUUAUUCUUAGCAGAGGCUAUUGAUAUAAAGUAUCACAAUAAUAAAAUAUAUACUGAUGCAACACCAAUCAGUAAAAAUCUUAACUUUGGUCUUUAUGAUCUAAACUUAACAACAACAAAAGAAAUCACACAAAUAAUUAAUAACUUAGACUCUAAUACUAGUUCUGGUAUCGAUCGUAUUAACACUAAAGUUGUAAAGUCCAUUAAAAACUCAAUAGCCGAUGAACUUACUCGAUGUGUAAAUGAUUGUUUAAAAAAUGGUAGCUUUCCUGCAUCUCUCAAGUUAGCCAAAGUGACUCCUAUCUAUAAAUCUGGCACGAAAUCAGACCCUAGUAACUACCGUCCCAUUUCCGUUCUACCUGUAAUGUCAAAAAUAUUUGAGAAAGUAAUAUAUAAUCGGCUAGAAUCUUACUUGAAUUCCAUUAACUAUCUAUAUCCUAAACAGUAUGGAUUUAGAUCAAAAUCAAAUACGUUAUCUGCUACUGUUGAUCUAGUGACUAAAAUAAAAAAUAAUAUAGAUGCCAAAAAAAUAGCUCUAGGGAUAUUUAUAGACCUUAAGAAAGCCUUUGACACGGUCAGUCAUAAAAUUCUACUAAAAAAACUACAGGAUAUAGGUAUCACCGACAACGCAUAUAAAAUUUUUGAAUCCUACUUGACUGAUCGCUUUCAAGUAGUAAAGAUUGGUAGUUAUCAAAGUGAACCGAAAUCAAUAACUUACGGAGUUCCACAGGGCUCGAUUCUCGGAUCCAUACUGUUUUUGAUUUACAUAAAUAAUAUAAGUAAACUAGGGCUUAAAGGUGAACUUUCACUCUAUGCUGACGAUACCACUCUGUUUUACUAUGGAAAUAAAAUCGAAGACAUAAUUCGGGACGCCCAAAACGACCUGAACCUACUUAAUAUUUGGUUUCAAUGUAAUUUACUUACACUUAAUGUUAACAAAACUCAUUAUGUAAUUUUUACAGCUAAAAAUAAAAAAAUCAACGACUUUGAGCCACUUAAAAUUAAUAAUAUUACCAUCAGUAGAUCAGACUCUGAAAAAUAUUUAGGCUUAACUCUAGAUAACAAACUCACAUGGAAACCACAUAUUAAAAAUAUUAAAAAUAAACUAAUAUCUCUAACUGGAGCCCUUCGCAGUAUUGUUCGAUGCCUACCUCAAAAAAUUCGCUUUCUAAUCUAUAAUUCCUUGGUAAAGCCACACGUAGAUUAUCUGAUUCAAGUCUGGGGGUCUGCAGCUAAAACUAAUCUAAUGGAGCUACAAACAGCGCAAAAUAAACUGAUAAAAGUUCUAUUUCACUAUGACUUCUUAACACCAACAGAAAAAAUAUAUAAAGAAACCAAAUUAAUGAACAUAACAAAUACCUAUAAAUAUUAUUCUUGCAUCUUAAUACGCAAAUUGUUGACAAAAGAAAUACAUUCAAACAUCACCUUUACAAUAAAAAAUAAAUAUCCGCAACUGCGAAAUUUAAGAAGCGCCAACAACAUAAUUUUACGCCCACCAAGAACUAAUUAUGGUAAACGAAAUGUUACUUAUGAAAGUGCUCAAUUAUAUAACAAGCUUCCAAAAUGCAUUAAAGAUUGCAAAAGUAUUAUCCUGUUUAAAAAACUCCUGAAAGCCCACUUAAACUAAUUAUUAUAAAUUAAAUAAAAAACUAUAUCACAGUGCCGCAUCUAGUCGCACAUUACUCUCUGGUAAUGUCGACCGGCCGCUGUUGGUAUUUUUCUUUCAAUGACUACCUACAAAUAGUCAUUAAAAAUUGAAUUAUUAUGUAUUUUUGUUUAUCACGUUAUAAUUCUUACUGUAUAUUUUGUUAUUAUAUUAUUGUUUAUAGUUUAUUUGUUAGCACUACUAUUAUUACUACGUUAUACUAUUUCUUGUACGCUCAAACUGAAAUGUACUAGCCUGUAAGUUUCACAUAAGUGAAUAAGUUAAUUCUUAGUGAAAUAAUAAAUAUUUUAAACCCUAUAUGUUUGAAAAUGUUUAGUUUUAGUAUUUGAUCUCAUCGCUACAGCAUCUAGAAUUGUAAGGUAAUUAAAUGAUCGUGGCAGCUGCGGCCAUCAAACGGGAGAAGCGAUAAUUAUGCUGUCUCGUUCAUUAUUAGGUACAGGCCUUAAGGUCUACGAUGCGCCAUAUAAAUAACUAGCUGACGGCGCGCGGUUUUACCCGCGUGAUUCCCGUUCCCGUAGGAAUAUGGGUAUAAUAUAUAGCCUAUAGCCUUUCUCGAUAAAUGGGCUAUCUAACACUGAGAGAAGUUUUCAAAUCGGACCAGUAGUUCCUGAGAUUAGCGCGUUCAAUCAAACAGACUCUUCAGCUUUAUAAUAUUAGUAUAGACUAGCGGAAGCCCGUGACUUUGUCUGCCCUUAGACCUCCUUAAUCUGGCACUAUCGCAAAAUCCGUUCUUAGCGGGCACCUACUAACUAUAAACUACCUCUCUGCCAAAUUUCAUCCUUGUACGUCAAGCGGUUUUCGAGAUUUCGUGACGAAUGGCCUGUUGCAUUUAUAUAAAUUAAAAAGAUUAUAAUUAAUUAAUUACCUGUGAUAGCCCAGUGGAUAUGACCUCUGCCUCCAAAUCCGGAGGAUGUGGGUUUGUAUCCAGCCUGGGGCAUGCACCUCCAACUUUUCAGUUGUGUGCAUUUUAAGAAAUUAAAUAUCACGUGUCUCAAACGGUGAAGGAAAACAUCGUGAGGAAACCUGCAUACCUGAGAAUUUUCAUAAUUCUCUGCGUUUGUGAAGUCUGCUAAUCCGCAUUGGGCCAGCGUGGUGGACUAUCUAUUGGCCUGACCCCUCUCAUUUUGAGAGGAGACUUGAGCUCAGCAGUGAGCCCAAUAUGGGUUGAUAAUGAUGAUGAUGAUGAUGAAUUACUUGUGCACUUGUAUUGAUGGAGAAAAUUUUCAGCCUUUGUAAUGGCUCUAGGUCCAGGAUUUCAUUCUUAUCUGAGAAAGGACUUAGAUAGAUCUUAAAGCCACCACGCUGUUUCAAUGCAGGUUUGUGGGCCAACUGGCAUAGCAAAAGUGUAACCUUUUUAAAAGUUGUUCUAAUUAUGAGUGACAUUUACCGAUUGUAUGACAAUAAACACCUUGAUGACCUUAGGCUUUUUGACUAUAGAAGAAAACUGUUUAGAAACUUAUAACUGUCGAUAAUUAUUUCUCGUAGAAAUGAAACUUCACUCUAUCCAAAACUCGAUAAUGCGUCCAACCGUUUAUGGCUUUGACUGCCACGAGCGUUUGCGUUUACUUUAUGUUAUUUUUUUGCUGUCUAUCAUAAAUUAUGCUGUACAAUUUGGUAAAUUUGGUUAAAUUAAAAUUAUUAGAUAGGUAUUGCGCUAUAAUAAUUUAUUGGCUAUGAAAGUAUAGCUGAGUAUAAAUAUAAAAAAAUAUGUACGUUAUUUUUUGAAUAUAAAUAAAAAAAUCAUAACUCUAUA